AUGGAGAAUGGUCUGUCGGGAUUUAUCGCUACUAAGAUGAUAAGCGAUAAGCAUAUAACCACCCCUCAUGAAAGAGUCAAGGUAACCUCAGUCACGUGAUUGCCUGGAAACAAUUCUUGAAUAAGAGGAUUGAAAUUUAUUCUGCCAGUAAGCUCUCCAUUUCAAGUGGCGAGAGAACGUGCAUGCGAGCGAGCGGCGCAGCCAAGAGGGGCUAGCUCUCGCGUCUCCUUUCGCGUGCUGCUCUUGCGUGACCUCUCGCAGUAUUCCCAAAAUGAAGAGUUUUCUCGCAGUUUAUCUCAGUUUAUCUCAGUUUAUGUCUACUGUUUCGCCUUGUUUAACGAAUUCAUGGCUCAUGCAGGGCUGUGAGAAAUACGACUUACACAGCCACACCCAAAGAAAAAACUCGCUCCAUAACUUACACUCAACCUCGAACUCUUUCAGUAAGAGAUAUUGAACGUGUUAUGAUAUUCCUGAAUCCGCGCGCGGGCAAGAUUAAGCGAAUCAUGUGUUCUGAUUGGCUACCCGAGCAUCUUGCCACCUCGGGAUAUCCCGCGUUAGUCCCGCAAGAGAAAGUUCUGGUUAUUGGCCUUGUUCUUUUUUGCGUGUUAUUGACUUCGACUUAAUUUCGGUCCACAAAAACGCAAAAAAGAACUUGGCCAAUAUACAGCCAUCUUGACCUCAUACUUGGUCAUUAACGCAUUUAUCAUACCUGUAACAAGUAUAGAUGCCAAGACACCACUUGCUUCAUGUUACAGACAAAUUGUUGAACUAUUUUUGUAAUUUCAUGUGGGCAUGACUCUGCAUUGCCGAGUGACGCGCAUAAAUAUGGAGCGGCUACAACUUGAUCUGACCUGUCGCUCGUCCGACCUGGCCGAUAAAGAAGGAAAAUACAGGUACCUUGCUCACAUGUAACCAUUAAUAUUACGUAACAUCUGCUUUUAAAAACAUUCUUUCUCACCCUUUUAUGCAUAUAGGAAACCUGUUCCGGCGCGGCGCGAAAUGAAGGAGGGGGCGAAGAAGAAAUCUGCCCCCCCCCCCCCCCCCCCCCCCCCCCCCCUCAGCGAAGUUGCUAGCGAUUGGCGUAUCACGAACCACCAACUUUUUUGUAGUUACAGAUUUUACUUUAGGUAACCAUGGGCUUUGAUAGGGGUCUUCUUUCUAGGUCUCUGUAACUGGUAAAGGGACCUGCAGUUACAUAGUAUAUGAUAUUAAUUAUUUUUGUUGCUCAGUCCUCUUAAAGAUUUGUAUUAUGAUCACGAUUCUGCUGACGCUGACAAAAAGGAAGAUGAAGCGGCCAAAAAGAAAGCAAACAGACCAAGUAAGUACACACCUCCACUGACGGACCUGAUAACUUGCACUUUUCUAUCCGUACGUGUGUAAUAGACCUUAUUCACGAUACCCGCCAUCUUUGCACGCGCUCAAGGACUGAUGGGAUAAAAGCAAUGUCACAUGGUUUCUCAGGGGGCAAACAAGUGAAACAAAUUGCCAAUGGAAGAAAUCGCGGUUGAGUUUGUUUAUUCUAGAUAACAGGAAAUGAAGACCUUUUCAUCUAAAGACGAUAAUGUCAAAGUAUGGGGGGAAGUGAUCAUUACUACUUUUUUUUGUAUGCAGUAUAACGACCGUAGAUUUCCUCAUGGCAAACAGUAAUGAUGUAAAUCUUGCCAAAACUUGAUACUAUGAAAUCGUCAUCUCGUUUUGAUAGCAUAAACAAACUCGACCGCGAGCAAACUCGAACGCCACUAUCUUAAUUCGCAAGCUGGCUUAUAUGAAUGAGUAAAGAUCUUUCGGCUCUUCCUGUUUGCUUUCCUCUGUCAACAAGAACUAACAUUUCAAAAUUUUGACCUGAUUGGUCGUUCUUGGGGCAGUUCGCCAAAGCAUGUUGUGGGCAGGCAAAUGAAUAAAGAGUGCGUUGAAGUGAUCGUGCUUGUUGGUCAUCUAGAAACACUUAAUGCUUUGCUGAGUAUUCAUGAUAGCGCUAUUUUUUUUAGUUUCCUCUGCUUUUACUCGACGUUAACUCUUUCCUGCUAUUCCAAUCUUGGUAUUUAGAAUACGUGAAGCGUGUGAUUGUACGCCCGGCAUUUAAGAACAUUUCCUUCAAGGAAGCCGAGAGACUCUUAGCUGAAAUGGACCAAGGAGAAUGCAUUGUGAGACCCAGCAGCAAGGUAGCCAUGACAACCAGUCAAUGAUAUGGGGGGCCACACAGUUUUUUUUCGCUUGUGUCGUUAUUGCGUUGGACUGGCUGAAGGCCGAAUCGCCACGCUCUAAUGGGCGCAGCCGCAAAAACAACCUGUGGGCCAGGGCCUAUUGUUACCCUGUUUAACAUUGCAAAUUGAUAAGAUUGGGAACUGGUGCCUUUAGAGGUACUAGGGUAGGGCCUAAGAUAACCUAGAGAUAGCACGGAUGUAUCCAUAGCAACCCCGCAUGCGAGAACCACACAAGCCACUCUCCGGUGCUUCGAAAACCGCAGGGUUCCCCGCCAGCGGGGUCACAUGGAACUUUCGACACAAAUCUCCCCCUUUUGUUACCCUGUUAUCAUUCAACGUCAAAUUCUAUUCUUGUUUUAUUAACAUCAAUUAACUUAAACAUCGACAUGCGGGUAACUAUAGAAUAACUAAGCAACGGCCUCUUGCUUAGCUCGCGCGCCCCAAUUUCCCUUCCCUUUUGUACCUUUUGCUAAACGCGGUGAAUAACACUCAAAUACACUUCAAUUGAAGAGACUUUCUUAGUGGUGUAAAUUGGAAACCACAGUAUUAGCUGGUUAUGACAGGGUCUUGCUAUCAUUUAUUCAAUAUACUUGUCUCUCUUUCCAUCAGGGUGCCGAUCACCUGACCGUCACGUGGAAGGUUGAUGAAGGAGUUUACCAGCAUGUGGAUGUGCGAGAGGAAGGCAAAGAGAACGCUUUUAGCCUUGGUCGGUCACUUUGGAUUGACAGUGAGGUGUGUAUGGGAAAUCCUUCUGAUAAGUCUGUAAAGGUUCUUUCAUUUAUUUGAUUUGAUUGCUGUGUAUAUUACGAGCCUCUCACGCAGAGGUUCUUAGGAUUUCGUCACGCGUUCCUUCCCGUAGGGCGGAUUGCGUGACGAACAAAAAUAACGUCUCCUUGGGAGUUUAUAGUAUUAUGCUGCAUAAGUAAGUUAAAAGUGCUAAGUGCUUAAGAAAUUAUUAUUGGCAAUUUUGAGGUUGCGCCGCCGCGUGAAACUGGGUCGAUAUUGUGUCGAAAUGCACGCUGGGACUGUUUUAGGGGCGGUAUCAUUUUCUUUAUUGGCUACUAUAAGGUUGCGAAGAGACUGGGUCUUAGGCUGUAUUCACACUAUAACGGAUAGCUUUUGCGCCGGCCCGAAAACCAUACGAAAUAGGGCUUCUGUUAACACUUAAGAACUGUGACUGAGGCGCGAUUUUUGUGACGCAGCGCCGCGUCAUUCUCUAAAGUGGAGAGAGACAUAUCGGAUAGGUGUCCAUACUAUAUGGGCACGAAAAGUCACACAAUGUUUUUUGGUCCAACACAAAACCGAUUUACAAUAAAAUUGGCUCUAGUUCACUGCUAUAAAUUUGGAAUAUUGUUAUUUGCUUUGUAGGAAUUUGAAGAUCUUGACGAGAUCAUCGCGCGGUUCAUUCAGCCCAUGGCGUCGUUUGUUCGAGAAGUUCUCAACCACAAAAACUACCGCGCCGUGGACGGCGUCAAAGCCAAGCUUGAAGAGUUGCUUCUUGCGGAGAAACGGAAACACCCGCAAAGAAUUCCUUACUUCAUGAGUACUACAAAAGACUUCCCUGGGAAGUUUUUCUUGGGGUAUCUUCCUCGUGUUAAGGCCCGUGUGGAGUACGUCAGUGUGACACCGGAUGGGUUCCGAUAUCGGGGCAGAGUACAUGCUACUUUAAAUGGUUUGUUCCGGUGGUUCAAGGAACACUUCAGAGACCCUAUACCUGGUAGGUGUUUAUUUUAGUCCUAGAAUUGGCUGAACCCACAUGCAGGACCUCCUGUCAAAAAGUUAUAGUUGGAACUUCUCGUUAACUACUUCCUCUAGUAAGCGACCGCAACAAAUUUUGUUGUGACGGUUUUACGGUUUUCCAUUGUUUUGACGGUCUUUUAAGCGACGAAUUGCUACUGCUAGAUUCGAAGAAAUUCUAGUAACAACAUAAAACUACGCAAAUCGUAACUUGGAAAUUGCAUGCAAUUUGUUCUCUUCCAAAAAGGGUGUGCCCUCGGACCUCUCUGUCGAAAAGACCCUCUCUACAGUAGUUCGACUCUAGUAAGCGACCACUAAAUCUUGGUGCUCACUUUCGGGAGGUUAGAUUGUAUAUCAAGCGUUAUCUCGAUUAUCGAGACUGUGGUGCCGCCAAAAUUUUUGCGGGCGACAAGGGGGGCCCGCAAUCCUAAUCUCUAGGUUGUUAUUACGCAUGCGCCGCAUGUAUGUAGCCAGCAUUCGUUUGGAUUUCCACUAAGAACUGAAUGUACACAACGCAAUUUGAUCACGCGCGUUUCGACCUUCUGCCCCUCGCAAUCUGAUCACGUGCGUUUUGACCAUCUGUCACGGGAAACACAGCGAUGGAGCAAAAGCGUUUGGACCUUCGAUCGUUGUGGCCCGCUCUCCCUAACCUUUGGUUAUUACUAGUUACAUAUCAAGAAAAGCGACCUGAAUUCCAGAACAAUAGGUAUUGUUUUGUAUUGUUAUUGUUGUAUUGUUGGUAUUGUUGUAUUGUUGUAUUGUUAUCGAAGGUUUCCGAUUAUUCAAACAAAUUUCGGCUUGGUCUGAGCAGGUGUCACCUAGAAAAAAGGGCCUAUUGUUUCAAUGUUAAUUGGAAAAUUCAGGUCGAUACAAUGAGCCAUUUCUUGAUACGCCUAAUUGACCUACAGGGGUCUGUGACACUCAAUCACCGACGGCAGAAACAUCGUUUUUCCCAGAUAUCUCGACAGUGAAGUAUGAGUUAUCCCCUUUAAUCCUAGACCAUGUUAUGGGGAGAAGAUCUAUCUCUCUAACUUUUAGAUAUGUGGACGAAGACCUGUGGUGUUACCAUUCAAAUGAAACUUCAUUGGCGGGCGUUUUACGUUGUACUAUCAGUUUCGUCAAAUUUUACAAAUAGAAAUUUUGAUUUAUUUGUGAAUUUUUACCACUCUUAGAAGUUAAAGAGCUGUUGACGCUGCACGUGUAGUGUCGAAUCUUCGCAAAAUUACCUCGUUUACCACAGACAAAGAUACAUCCCUUAACAUGGAGUAACAAUUUGCUUUAUAUUAUUAUUUCCAGGUACUCCGCGCCAUCGUGGGAUGCCCAUGUCAGAGAGCAAUACCCCCUACACACCGGGGGGUACCCCAUCGAUUAACACCGACGUUGACCCCUCCCGACUGUUACCCCAACUUCAACAGCACUUCCCCCGGGGAAUCAAUGAUCCUAAAGUGUACUCAGCUCUUGCGGCGGUUGCUAGGCAACAACAACAUGAAACGCAAGCGAAGGCAACGCCUACUCAGCUUACGCCUGCACAGUGGGGCGCGGUCGCUGCCCAACACAUACAGCGGCAAAACAAACAGCGCAGUCAACUCCAACAAACACCGACGCAGCAGACACCUUCAAACCAAACUCCGAGUCAACAGGGAUACCAACAAUAUCCACAGUACGGGUACUAUCAGCAACAUCAGGAUCAAUCGCAAACUCCUACUCCUACCUAUGGUUACCAGCAAACGUAUUCAGGACGCAAGUCAACUCCAAAAGAAGGCAACAAGAGCCGGUAA